CAGAGGAGGGCUUCACUGAGGAAAUAAGACAGAGCCUGGGUGAGCCACUGGUCAAAGAGGAGCUCCAACUCAACUGGUCUGUUUGAUAUUUCUAGCAAAGACCUUCUACAGGUAGUGACUGCUUUUGAACACUGAAAGCAACCAAAAAACACCUUAUAUUGUGUUAAAACCUAGAACUUUUAUAUAGAAAAUGGUCAAGGUAAAUUUGAGCGUAGUGGCUUUGGGGGUCACACUGCUCCUGUUGGCAGAGACAUGGGCCCAGAAUCCCAGGAAGCGACUGGCACCUCCAAAGCCUGUCAAGGCUCAGUGCUGUGAUGAGGUGCGCUCUCUCAAGGUUCAGGUGGCCAAUCUGACCAGCCUCCUCGAGGAGCUGAGUCGCAAGCAGGAGACCGACUUAAUGAGUGUUGUGAGGCAAAUUAUGGAGCUGGACCAGCAGAACCGACAGCAAGAAGCCCGGGUCACAGAGGCAGAGAGCAAGUACUCAGAGAUCAACAACCGUGUGGAGAUCAUGCAGCUACAAACCCUACAAUCUGCUACCCAGACCUCAUCAGAUGCCAUAUAUGACUGUGCAUCCCUCUACAGCAAGAACUACAAGAUCUCUGGCGAGUACAAACUGCCUAAAGAUGACUUUCUGGGUACACCUGAGCUGAACGUCUUCUGCGAUAUGGAGACGAAUGGAGGUGGUUGGACUCUGAUCCAAAGGCGCAAGGUCGGCCUGACAUCGUUCAACCGUGACUGGAAGCAGUACAAAAGUGGAUUCGGAUCCAUCCGUGGAGACUUCUGGCUGGGCAAUGACCACAUCUUCCGUCUAACAAGACAACCCAGUAUGCUCAGGAUUGAGAUGGAGGACUGGGAAGGAAAGACACGCUAUGCUGAGUACGGCUUUUUCACUGUGGGUAACGAGCUCAACAGCUACAAGCUCUUCCUCUCCAACUACAGCGGAAACGCUGGAGACUCUCUGCGCUACCACAACAACACCAACUUCAGUACCAUCAACAAGGACAAUGACAAAUGCGUGGAUGACUGUGCUGCUCGGCGCAAAGGUGGUUACUGGUACAACUGCUGCACUGACUCAAACUUGAAUGGCGUUUUUUACCGCUACGGUGAGCACACAAAGAACUCAGAUGGGAUCACUUGGUACGGCUGGCACGGGUCCAACUACUCCCUCAAGAAAGUGGAGAUGAAGGUCCGGCCAGUGGAUUUUCAACCAUAAGUGCUUCAGCUGUGUGUCCUGGAUUAAGAUCAUACGCAUGAAUGCUGAGAGAUCUCACUAAUACCUGUUCAACCAAAUUGUAGCUUUCCCUGGACUGAGAAAGAAAUGAAAUGUUUGUGAUGGUCUGGUUAAAUUUCAGUCAGAUGAAUGUGUAAUGUUUUUGCCGUGUUUGAUUGUAAAUUGUAGUUCAAUUUAUGUAUUUAUCAGUAAGAUAUUUUAUUUUUUAAAAGCUUUGAUAGAUGUUCUUUUACCACUGUCCCAUAUGGGUAUUGCAUUUUGCCUCCUCUCGUUUGUUUUGAAAGCACUAAGAUGUAUUUUUUAGUUAAAACAAGGAGCACGAAUCAGUCCAGACUGGUCUGGUUCAUGUGUAAAUCAUCAAGGACUGGUAGAAAUUAAAAAGGAUCUUUGUGAGUUGCUGGAAUGGGACCAACCACCAAAGGUAUUUCUUAUAAAUUACACUGCAUUUUAUUGUAAAAUCCUAACCAUUGAUUAUGGAAAUGUGUAAUUUGUAAAAUGUGUACAGUGUAAUUAUGUUGUUUUAUGUGAUAGAAA